AUGGGCGCACAACCAGUCAAUGCCGAAGCGCUUGCAGCUCAAAGAGUAGCCAGCAUACUCAGUCUCCGUGACAGCGUCUUGAAUGAUAUCCAGAAAACCUCUUCUAGCAACGUAGGAGCUGAACUCUUGGCUGAUAAAGUUGGAGUGAUCACUGGUGUAGACUCGGAUAUUGGCAUAGGAGCGGCUUCGCUAGCUACAUUUGCUCGAGAAGGCGCCCGACAUAUUUACUUGGUUGAUUGGCAGAAGAGACAUAUCCUGGCUAUCAUUGAGACUAUCAAGACUCGAUUUCCCAACACCACCUUGACGUUGAUAGAAGGCGACGCAGCGGAUGCCCCAUUCGUCAAAUCCGUCAUUGACCGGGUCAUCAACGAUGAAGGUCAUCUAGACUUUUUCUUUGCCAACUCGGGAGUUAUGGAGCUUCCCGGGAAAGAGAAAGAAGAGAGGAUAGAUGAUGACCCCGGCAAGUUUCUGCCGGAACUGUGGGCUGACGUCAAAUUCAUAGCCCUGAAAUACGCCUCCAAAGCAAUGUCCCUCACCUGCCCCGAACGGGGCAAGACCCUACCCGGCGGCUCUAUCCUCCUCACCUCCUCUACCGCCGGCGUUAAAGCCCGUGCCGGGCCUCUCGCCUACUCGGCGUCCAACGCGUCUAUUGUGUCAUUCGCACAGACAGGGAGCUAUGAGUUUGCGGGGAGAAAUGUGAGGGUCAAUGCGAUCUGUCCCGGGCUCAUUCAGGUGAGUUGA